CUCAAGUAUUAUUCUGGGCCGAAGUCGCAAGGCUACGCAGUGGGAGAUUAAGAACAAUCUCCACAGCCUCCAUCCAGCUUAUUCAAAGGUCCCGGUGAUGAAAAAUGGGGCGCCGAUAAUUAUACGUGCUGAUAAGUAGAUUAUUAUCGCAAGCCUCACCGUUCUCUCGUUUUGCUGCUCUCAUCUAGUGUUGAUACACCACAUGCUGGCGGUUGGGUGGGCUUCGUACAUGAAUAAAAAGCCGCGACUUCGGAAAUCCCGCGUCAACCUAGAGCGCCUACCUAGCGGCGAAAUGAAGCGCGCUGCCCUCAUCUCGGCCAACCCCAGCGGAGCCCGCCUCUCGCUCGCGAAAAUCCUACGACGAAUCGACUGGCUAGCUUCUUCGGCUGCCCUCCCCAUCCACAGACCAUACCCCAGUUUCUCUUCUCACCUAUCACCGCACGCGACGAACACUACCUCGGAGGCUAGAGAGAGAGCUCUAUACGCGUCACAGGAAGUUGGAGGUAAUAUUGCGGGAUAUCGUGUCGUUUGGGUGAGGGGGAGUAGCGGUGAGGGGCGUAUCUGCGAUACCGACCGAUACAGUGAUAGAACGGGCCUUCCCACGAAGUUGGAACAGUUCGGUAGCCCUUGGCACAUACAUCCCAGAUUGACUGUAACCAGGCGCACCCGGCCACAAGACACCUACAAUACUGCAAUAUGGCCCGAGUCUGCACAGCCGAAUCGCGCGUAUACAUUAACUUUGGGGGUUACUAUUCCCGUAGCAGAUACAGAAAGGGGAAAAAGCCUAGUUCCGUCGUCGUAGAUGAAGCGGGCAGGAAGGUAGUUUCGAAGCCUCAAUACCAACCUGCCGAAUACUAUCCGGUCAUA